AUGUAUAAAAUCGGUCUCAUUCCUGGCGAUGGAAUCGGCCCCGAAGUGACGCGUGAAGCGAUGAAGGUCUUCGGGGCAGCAGCUGCACACGCAGGCAUUCAGUACGAAACAGUCGAAUACGAUAUCGGCGGUGACCGGUACCUUGCCACUGGUGAGGUGCUACCGGAUUCCGUAUUAGAAGAACUUCGAGGGUUUGAUGCUAUCUACCUCGGUGCGAUUGGACACCCCGACGUUAAACCCGGAAUUUUAGAGAAAGGUAUCCUGCUAAAGGUCCGGUUUGAACUUGAUCUCUAUAUCAACCUACGUCCCGUCAAACUCUACCCGGGCGUACCGACCCCGCUGAAAGACAAAGGCCCCGAAGAAAUUGAUUUUAUCAUCGUUCGCGAAAAUACCGAAGGCUUAUACGCAGGCAUCGGUGGCUUCUUGAAACGUGGCACGCGCGAUGAAGUUGCCAUUCAGGAGAUGAUUAACACCUACAAAGGUGUGGAACGCUGUGUCCGUUAUGCUUACGAACUCACCCAAAAGCGGAACAAGGAAAAUACCUUGACACUCUGCGAUAAAGCAAACGUCCUCACCUACGCACACGACCUCUGGCGACGCGUUUUUGACGAGGUCGGUGAAGACUACCCUGACAUCAAAAAAGAAUACGCAUUCGUCGAUGCGACAACAAUGUGGAUGGUGAAAAAUCCAGAGUGGUUCGAUGUCGUUGUGACAUGUAAUAUGUUCGGUGACAUUAUCACCGAUCUCGGUGCGAUGAUUCAAGGCGGUAUGGGAGUCGCAGCAUCGGGCAAUCUGAAUCCUGAGAGUGUCGCCAUGUUUGAACCGAUUCACGGGUCUGCCCCUCGUUAUACUGGCAAAAACCAGAUUAACCCCAUAGCAGCGAUCGGCGCGGCAGGAAUGAUGCUUGACCACCUCGGUCAUGAAGACGCGGCAGCAAAAGUGGAAACAUCUAUCAGCGAUCUACUCGCAAGUGGGAAAAUCAAAGAUCUCGGUGCCGGACGUAUGGGUUAUACGACUGAAGAGGUCGGUGAUCUCAUUGCAGAAGGAUUGUAA